AACGAUUGUGUCACAGCGACAUGGUAAUAUGGUAUGGGACCCGGACAUCGAACGUUUCGCACCGGCACGAAUUCGUUGGCUGUGGCCUACGAGAUUUCCAGUGUUUUGUUAAUGGCGUUCGGCAACAACAAUAAUAAUAACGUUUGUGAUCUGUAUAGAUAUACUAUUGUGGCUCUUUAAUCCUUAUAAUAUAGGCAGCUUAUACUGAGUUAUACAUGUUAUGUGUACCGUAAUCAUCUCGUCGUAGUCUGUUGGAAACUUGGAAGUUUGACGAUAAAUACGAAAUCAUAAAAACUUGUAAGUAGUAACCACACGGUAUUUGCCGUGAAAGCAUCGAAACACUUCGCUAUCACAGACCCGAAGAACAUCGCUGCGAGUCGUUCGUUGGUGGUAAAAGUUUUCAUUGAAACCACGAUAGAUCCAGUCGAAUUUCCAUCUCGUCAAGUCCGAAGUAUUAUGGCCAUUCAUUGUUGAUUGAUACAUUCGUGUGUUACCAAGUUAGCAAAGAAUCGACACAAUCAUCAGCAGGUAUUGCGUUUGACCGAUGAGUCCGUCGGUGUCACCGUCGGACGGAUUGAAAGAAAAUAGAAUAUAGAUGGUUUACGACGCUUAGGUGAGGGAACGGCGAGUAACAUUCAAAUUUCUACAUUGAUACCUACAUCUUCUUCAAAUUAUAAGAUGUGUUCGAAUAAAACUGCACCUAGAAUCAUGGUAUUCAGACCAACAUGGAAAGAAUUUCAAAAUUUUAGUAGCUAUAUUGAGCUGAUGGAAUCACAAGGUGCUCAUAAGGCUGGCGUGGCAAAAGUUAUCCCACCACCUGAGUGGAUACCUAGAAAAAGAAGUUAUUAUGAAGAUGAUAUUAUGAAUUUGAAAAUUCCAGCUCCAAUAUGUCAAGUUGUACAAGGUAAACAAGGUCUUUAUCAACAACUUAAUAUACAAAAGAAACCUAUGACAGUAGGAGAUUACAAGUUAAUAGCUGAAUCUGAUGAGUAUAAGACACCUAACCAUUUUGAUUAUGGGGACCUUGAAAGAAAAUAUUGGAAAAAUAUAAUUUACAAGUCCCCAAUGUAUGGUGCAGAUGUAUCAGGAUCUAUUACAGAUAAAGAUGUUAAUGUUUGGAAUAUUAACAAACUGGGCACAAUACUGGAUUAUGUAAAUGAAGAUUAUGGUAUCAGCAUUGAAGGUGUUAAUACAGCUUAUCUGUAUUUCGGUAUGUGGAAAACCUCUUUUGCAUGGCAUACUGAAGACAUGGAUUUGUACAGUAUAAAUUAUAUACAUGAAGGAUAUCCGAAGACAUGGUAUGCAAUACCUCCAGAACAUGGUCGCCGCCUAGAAAGAUUGGCUAAUGGUUUUUUUUCCAACGAUGCUACAACAUGUUCUGCUUUUCUUAGACAUAAAAUGACUGUUAUAUCUCCCCAUAUGUUGAAACAAUAUUCUAUACCAUUUAAUAAAAUAACACAAGAACGAGGUGAGUUUAUGAUAACUUUCCCUUUUGGGUAUCAUGCUGGCUUUAACCAUGGCUUUAAUAUGGCUGAAUCCACAAACUUUGCAUCACCACGUUGGGUGGAGUACGGGAAAAGAGCUUCACAGUGCCAUUGCCGUCAAGAUUCAGUGAAGAUCAGUAUGGACACAUUUGUUAAACGUAUACAACCUGAAAAGUAUGAAUUGUGGCUACAAGGAAAUGAUAUUGGCACUCAUCCAGAAGAUCCUUCUCGUACUUUAGCAGCACCCUUGCCUAGUAAAUGUGACAUAUUAUGUAACAAGAACAAUACAGGUAUUCCAAAACUUUAUAUUGAAGCUGGUAGAAAACGUCAUCCUGUAACACAUAAAUUUUCAGAUUCUGAAUUGUCUAAUGAUACAACAAAUGACAAUAAAUGUAUAGAUGUAUCUUCAUCAACAAGUGUACAAGAGUUAGAUGAAAAGGAAUAUGAAGAUGAACAACUCAAUGAUGAACAGAGAGAAGUAAUGGAAGAUAUAUGGCUAAAAGCUGAUGAAAUGGAUGUCACUGAAGUAUCAUAUAACAAUGGAAGAUCUAGGCUUUUGAAUAAAAAUCAGUCAAUCUUGGAAGAUAUAGAAUUUACAAGUGAUAGUGAUUAUUGUGAUAGUUCAGAAAAAAAAUGUGCCAAGAAAAGAAAGUCUAAAAAACGAGAAACAAAAAAGAAUUCAAAAUCUAAGAAAAAGAAAAUAUCUAAAUCAACUGAGAAAAAAAAUGUUCCUCUUGAUCAAACUAUUGACCCAACGAGUUCAACAACCAUUAGCCUUAAAGAGAGUGAUAAUAGUAUUAAAAAAGUAAUAACUAUAUCACCUAUAAAAUCUGAAAGUCUCAAUUCUUCGAAUAUUAAUAAAAUUACAGAAGAGUCUCGAGUGAAUAAAUAUCUCAAUAAGAGUAUUAAUAAUUCAACAGUUUUUAACAAUACCUCAAACAAUGAUCGUUUAUUAUCUAAAAAAUGUGUCAGUGUUAAUAAUAACGCACAUUCUAAAGUAGUUAUAAUAAAACCAUUACCACCAAAUAACUUGGAAAAGCCCCAUAAUUCAUCUCUUACUAGUUUAAAUACCCAGGUUAAUACAAAAUAUCCACCUAAUUAUAUGUCAAAAGUAUUUCUGACUCCAACUCUAAAAAUAGUAGAUAUAAAAUCUACACAGAAUUUUCCAACUCUUGAACCUAUACAAAUUAAGGAUGCAGAAGAUUAUGUAAUUGAUGGUAUACCAAAUAAUAUAUGUGAUAUGAUUAACAAUUGUUGCUCAUUUGAGAUUGAGCGACUGUAUAAUGUAUUUAGAAGUAUGGAUGAUCCUUAUUGUUCAUUGUGUAUGAUGUUUAAUCGCCGCCAUAAGUUAACUUUCAACUUGGAUUGGCAAACCACAGCAACUAAUUUCAUGCAUCCAAAGUUACCCGACUUGCAGAAACCUAGCAAUGCUUUAUUUAAACAUGCACUUUCUGGCGGUGACAAAGGUCUUAAGGCAGAUCUCAUAAGAUGUGAAAAAUGUUAUUUGACAGUUCAUAAAGUGUGUUAUGGCAUUAAUGUAGACACAAGUAUACAUUGGUUGUGUGAUCGAUGCAUGAAAAAUAAGAUGCUUGCUACUUGUGUAUACUGUCCAUUAAAAGGCGGGGCGCUAAAAGAAUUUAAAUUCAAUGCAUGGGCACAUGCUGAAUGUCAUCUACUUGUGCAUGGCAGUAGUCCAUUGACUAGCAAUACUUUUUCAACAGACUUUUCAACUAACCAAAAGUGUGUAAUAUGCAAUUUAACUUGUGGUAGUUGUUUUCGUUGCUCUGAAGGCAAUUGCAAUGCUUGGUUUCAUAUUUCUUGUGGAAUAUUUGCUGGAUUUGAUUAUCAAAUUGACCGAAAAAACAAGCAUAUUUUAAUCCAUUGCAUAAGUCAUUGUCAUGUUCCAGAUAAACAACCGGUAGUUCACUUAAACCAAAAAGUAUGGGCCAGGCACUCUAAACAUAGAAGGAUCACUGAAUGUCAAAUUGUAAAAAUUGGUAAAGCUCCUACAUGCAUUAUAAAAUUCAAUGAUGAUACAAUAUCGGACGUUUUUUCAUUAAAUGAAAUUAAGAAUUAUGGAGUAGAAGAUCCUCCAGCCAUUAACACAGAAAUACAGUUAGAAUCUGGUGAUAAAGGUUUAUUCUUGGGGAUAUAUUACAGGACCGUAUAUACAGUUUUAUAUAAUGAUGGCACAACUGAUUUUAUACACCCUGAGGAUAUAUACAGUGAAGAUGAGCAGGGUAUGGGCCGUUUAAAUCUGCAAGGCAAGCGUGGGUUAAAAAAAUAUCUAAAAGAAAAAAAAUUAACAUGGUUACAGAAAUUUAAUAAUUUAUCCAGCAUUUUAGAAGUUGUAAGCAAUUUAUAGUUAAAAUUACUGAAAUUAACAUUUGCAUUAAUUUUCUGGUUUUGUUCAAUAUAUUUUAUUUUAUUUUUAAAUUAUAUUAUGAUAGUGAUGUUCCUGCAGUUUUUUUCGUCCCGUUAAUUGUAUUUAUUUUAUAUUAAUUUUAAAUUACAACAUUUGUAUUAUUAAUACUGUUUUCAAAAUGUAUUUUUUCAUCAAUUUUAGAGUUUUAAGAAAAAUCAAUAGUUUAAUUUGACCAUUAUUUAUGUACAGUAUUGUAAUUAUUUUAUCAAAGUUUGUGUUCUAGUUGCUUUAUUUUAAAAUAAUUACUUUUAAUUGUCUAUGUGUUAUGUUGCACAAUAAUGUUUCUUUACAUUUUAAGGUAAAACAAUUUAUUUUUGUUUGAUAAUAUAAUGAGUUUCCAUGUGAUCUCACUAUCCCAGGUGGUAUAUUAUAUGUUUAAAAUUUGUUAGCUAUAUUAACAUAUUUAUAUUAACCAAUACUUUAAUUUUAUUCGACAACUACACUCGACUUUAGCGAUGGCUGAAAAGUCAAUAUCAUUACUAAUUAUUCUAUUCGUAGAUAUAAGAUAAAGUUAUAUAUUUUUAUUUGUAAAUUUGUUUUACUUAACUUUUACAAUACUAAUAAGUACCUACUUGUGUAGUUGUGUUUGUCUCAUGUAUUAUAAACUUUUUUUUUGUGUUCAAUUAUUGUAAAAUAAUAUAAAAAAAAUGCUUUUAUUAAAAAUAAAGGGAAAAAACACUUUCUUUUUA